AUGGACUACCGAGCCCGGCUGCAGCGUGGGGUAACUGCAUUCGUAGACUACCUUGCUAGAUGGAAAAUCAAAGCCAAUGAAGCGAAAACUCAAACAAUUAUCUCCAAGCACCGUCAAUCGCAAAAAAUCUCACCACCGGAAAGUUGUCGAAUAACGAUCAACGGUCAUCCCGUCGAAUGGUCCAGCAAGGCAGGCUACCUCGGUGUUACCAUCGACGAAAAACUACUCUACAAUACUCACACAGACAACCUCAGAAAACGAUGCAUCGGACUGAUGAAGCAAUUACACCCGUUGACAUGCCUUCACGUCAGUUACCUGACUGUUUUCAACGGAGUUAAACCUCCACCCGGACCGCUGCGUCUACGUGUUUUCGGAGUCGGACCUCCGCCUGGACCUCUGCGUCAUUAUGUGUGUUUGGAGCCGUGCCUCCCCUUGGAUCCAUGCGUCCCCGCCAUGGAAUGCCUUUCCUCGUUACCGCCAACCAUAUCUCAUCAGCCAUCUGUUACGACCGAGCUAAGACGUCCUUUGGUUAAUGUACGAAACGAACGAAAGUUACGCAUCUUUUACCAAAAUGUUCGUGGACUCCGGACAAAAAUCGACACUUUGUUUCUUGCUGCUUCCGACUCUGAGUACGAUGUUAUCGUUCUCACUGAAACAUGGCCGCAGCUUUUCGGUAGUUCAUUCACUGUAUUUCGAAUGGAUCGCAGUAGGGUGAAUAGUCGAAAAUCGCGUGGUGGUGGAGCCUUGAUGGCCGUUUCCUUCAGGCACUGCUGCUGCUUAGACCCAGCACCGAUUAGUAACACACUUCGGCAACUGUGGGUAAAAAUCCAACUGGAUAGGUCAACCUUAAGCAUUGGAGUGUUGUAUCUGCCCCCUGAUCGUCGAAAUGAUCUUGAUGAUAUUCAGAAACAUGCUGACUCAAUUGGAUCCGUUCUAUCCCGUCUGAAUCCCCACGACAUUGCUGUUCUAUUUGGGGAUUAUAACCACCGAGAGCUACAUUGGGUAGCUUCGGAGAGCAGUGGCCUUGUUGUUGAUACAAGUAGAUCACGUUUAACCGCAGCUGGAAGUGCUCUGUACGACGCAUUCUGUUUUAACGGUUUGACGCAAACAAAUCCAGUCAAAAACGCUCGUGCUAGAACUCUCGACCUAGUGCUGGUGAACGAGCCAGCGUUUCAGAACCUUUCUGUUAUGGGGGCCAACGAUCCUAUGGUGAGAAUUGACCCGGAUCAUCACGCUCUGGAUGUAACCGUGACGGAAGUAGUGCCUAUUGCACUUGAAUUAGCUCCACAACAUCGUGGAUUCAAUUUUAAGCUUGCUGCUUACGAUGUGUUUAAUGAAGCGUUAUCAGCAAUUGACUGGAAAUUCAUCGAUUCGCAAGAGGAUCUGAUAGACAUUGUCGACAUGUUUACCGCAACGAUUCGAACAGUAAUUGUAGCUCAUGUUCCACUGCAACGACCACCGAUGAAACCUGCUUGGGCUAAUCGACAUCUCCGUGAGCUGAAGCACCUCAGACGAACUGCUCAACGAAACUAUCAAGCAACACAUACAAAUUUUACAAUCAAUUCCUGUACUCUCGUUACAUUGAGCGAACUCAAAGAAGUUUACGUCGACAUCCAAAAAAAGUUCAGGUCUUUCUUUCGUUCUAAACGAAAGGAAAAUGGACCAGCUUCCAUGUUCCUCGUUGCUAUGCCAGAUCAGAUUGACGCUGCAAUACGCGAUACUACGCAGGAGAGUUUCGAUUGUGGAAUUUUCCAAGUGACAGAAGCGCACGUUUUGAGUGCAAUUCGAAAGCUGAAACAUUCCACUUGUCCUAGGCCAGACGGGAUCCCGCCAUCAUUGUUGAAAAACUGCUCGAACGAACUGGUGGCGCCUCGUGUAAAGAUGUUUAAUCUUUCUCUGCAGCAAGGAUUGUUACCUACUAGUUGGAAAAAUUCAUUGCUCACACCGAUACACAAAGAGGGGACAAGUGCAACAUAG